GGCUAACCGCGAGGCGCAGAGCUGCGAGCGCGAAGGCAAUGCAUUAUUGGCGAAAAUCUCUUCUUGUUUGCAUUUGGCGCGUCAUAUAAGGAUAGUGUAUGGUAAGCCAAUAAGAGUUUUCUACUCGGAAUUGGCGUGAAAUUUAGUAAAAUUAUAGGGUUUUAUAGCAUAUUCGCUUUGAAUUUCGUUUUCUUAUUCAAGAGAAAUAUUCCAGAGUAAGAUGUCAUCAAAUGGACCUUUGAAGCGUGUGGUAUUCAUCGUGAAUCAUUUAGCUAAAUCGAAGGGAUUUGACAAUAUGUUUUCUACGUUGAACAUUGUUGCUGCAACUCAAAACAAAGUAACGGCAGAAUAUGUGGUGAAAAGUGAGCACUGCAAUAAUCAUGAGACUCUACACGGAGGAUUCACAGCCACCGCUAUUGAUUUCUUGACGACUGUAGCACUCAUGAUAGAUGAAGAAGAUUCCCGCCCAGGUGUUAGUCUCAAUCUCAGUGUAAAUUACUUGAAAGCUCUAAAGGUUGGAGAAAAGGUCACUGUAGAAGGAGAAGUUUUGAGGAAAGGAAGAUCAGUAGCAUACACCACCGCACGCAUCUUGAAUGAAAAAGGUGACCUUGCUGCACAUGGCACUCACAUUAAACAUCUAGGACAGUAAUGGACUUGAAAUAUA